AUGCUCCGGAAUCAGACAGACAGACAGACAAACAAACAAGCUGUUUCCGAACUUAGUUUGUACGGCGUGACGUUUAUUGUCCAGUUUCUGGGGUGCAGCGAUAAAAAAUACGUCCUGAUUUGGCACAGAACUGGGACUGGACCCGCACNGGCAGACUGUAUUGGUGAUGGUGGCAGCGGUGGUAGUGCUGGUGCUCGUUGCGUUGGCGGUGGUGGUGCUGGUGCUGGUGGUGGUUCCGAUCAUAUCGACCAACAUUCUCGUGCACCGGAGGGAUUGACGAAACAAAACAGCACACUGGGGAUAAAUAAAUAG